GAACAGCCGCCAGCUCCCGCCGCAGAGACCGCUCUCCUCCCUGUUGGCAGAACCGCACGAAGGCGCCCGGCAGCGGCGCCGGCCUCGGGAAAGCCUUCGCCGUAGCCCAGCCGCGACCCUGCCGCCCGAGAGUGAAGAUGAGCGAUGAAGAGAUUCUUUUGUGUGCAGUACGACUUGGAGAAAACUUCUGCCUCUAUUUUGCAGAUGAUGAUGGGCUGGAAUGCGAUGCCUUUUGUCAGGAAAAAACUCUCGCCCAAGUCCUUCGAAAUGUAAAUAGCCAGUUGCUUGUGGUUCGACCAGAUUUAAACAUGGCAGCUUUUGAAGAUGUGACAGAUCAGGAGAUGAAAUCUGGCAACGGAAUGCACUUCAACAUUCACUAUUACAAAACCACCACACCUUCAGCAGGGAUGCCUGUUGCAUUCAGCAUCCGGGUAGAAGAUAAAAGUUAUUACAUGUGUUGUGAGAAAGAAUGUGGGAAAAUGAUAGUUCGAUUUAGGGAAGGAGAAGUUCCCAAAGAAAUUCCUGGUGAAAGUAAUGUAAUCUUUUUCAAAAAGACAUUUACACCUUGUAGCUCCAGAGCAUUUAAGUUUGAAUACUCACUAGAAAAAGGAAUGUUCUUGGCCUUUGAGGAAGAAGGUUGCUUAAGAAAAUUAAUUCUAAAGAAACUAUCACGAGAAGAUGAAGUGGAUGAAACCAUGAAGAUAAGCUUCUAACUUCAGUCAGAAUGAAAGUCACAAGCUAUGACAUACUUCUCCAGUCUUAAAAUAUAUUUUGGCUUUUUAUAAAAGAAAUCUUAUUGUUUCUUCAUUUAAGGCAAGCCAGUUUUAUGUUUUUUAGCUACCAUAAAUCAGUACAAAAGAAGCAUCUUAGAAAGGAAAAUAAAUUCAAAUUAUUGGCAAAAAGCAGAAGGAUGUUUUCCAGUCAGAUAAGAGGAAAGAGAAUUACAGAAUGGAGAAACAAGAAUGUGCAUGCCUACAUUGUCCUGUAUAGUCUGAUGCCUAAAAUCUUUACUGCCUGUUGAUGAAACAGCUUUCAGAUUGUGUGUCUCGCAGGUGAAAUAGAGCUAUUUUGGGGAGAGAGAAAACCACUUAAAAUAACAGAUUUCAUAAGCAGACCAUGCACCUGGCCAAUAACCACCUUAUUAGUUUUUUGUAUGAAGAUUAUUUCCUGAGAGCAUUCAUCUGUUAUACAGUGACAUUCUCACCCUCAGCUAAAGUAGAAAGAGACAAUUUUUAACUUACUGGAAACUGUUGCUUAGAAAACUGUUAACUUACCUGAACAAUUAAAGUUCUAAUAAAGCAGUUUGUCCUCAGAGGGCCCAAGAAAAAAAAAUUAUGCUUUUAUGUAAAGUUAACAGUAAAUUGUAGGGUAGUGAUGGAAUGAAACAGCGAUGGCUGGCUCCCAUAAGGACCUUAUCUUCGCCUGUGUAUGUAGCAAUGCAGCAUACAUUGGGGUCAAGCUGUGAACUCCAUUUCACAUUCGGAGCUGAGCAAGCACUGGAUCUCACGAAAACCAAAGUGAAUGUAAUGCAUUCUGAAUAUUUACUAUUGAGGAAAUUGAUAGGGCACAUAUUAGUCUUUUUUUCCUACUUAAAAGCAUUGGUCUUCCUCUUUUAUUCCGACUGCAGGUAGCAAUAACCUGGACAUUGGUUGCAGCUAGGGUCCUGGGUCUUCAGCUUGCCAUGCAGAAGAGCUGGUACAGUUGUCAUACCCCACACAGGCAGAAGUAAUCAGACAAAACAGGAAGUCCUCUAUCUGCCAUGAAAUGGAGGAAAAUCCUCAAACUUGCAGAAGAGAUAAGACAAGUCUCAAGACUUGUUUUGGUAAAAACCAAACCUAAGCUAUAAUUUCAGGGGCUUUAAAAAAGCACAGAGACAUGAAACUGCUGUGAUACCCCUGACUGUCUCAGCUUUUCAUGUUAUGCUGCUCCUGCCAUUUCACCUACCUAGCUGCUACAGGAGCACCUAGAGGCUGUAAGAAACCAAUUACUUAGAAUCAGGUACAGCCCCCACUGAGUGCACUAUCGCUUAGGAAGAAUUCACUGGCAGGGCCUAAACUCAAGAAUAUAACACAUCUGGAUACCCAGUAGGACUGAGUCAUAGUUUAAUAUGUCUGAUGAAUGUUCAAAAACGGGAUUAGACCAAAUGGUUACUGCCAUCACAAUAAUUAAGAGCAAAAGUUAACAGCAGGUACAGGGAACUGAUUCAGUUUCAGUAGGACUGAUGAACCCAUGGAAUUCAUAGAGAAAGGUUGUGAUCAUUACUUUUUAAUUCUUGCCUCAAAAACACAAUGAACUGGUCUCAGAGGUGCUAGCCCUUAACAUCAUAGGUCUGUACUACUACGUUCUGUUCUUAAAUAACUCAUUUUUCACAGAAGGUGUCUUAAAAACCACAUAGAGAUAUCUCUUGUGUUUGGCCUCAAAAGAGGAAAUAUUAAACGCUUUCUGUGUUACAUGCUCCGAUUGUAUAGCGGUACUUACCAAUGACUCAUACAUAUGCAUCUUCCUCACUAUAACAAAAUAAUGAAUGUCACAUUGAUCUCUAAACCAGACCACGUCAGACGGAAGCAACCAUCUUAAUUCUGACCACAAGAUUAGCAAAACAGAAGCGGCCAGCUACAUGAUAUUUUCCAUGAAUACAUGAAUAAGUAAAAAAUAAAUUAAAAAUUCCAAUCCAGAUUUUAAAAAAUUAAAAGUCUUGGAGAAUUCAAACAGCAACUUACUAAUUCUGUGUAUUGCAUAACCAGACUGAUGGUAACACAAAAUUGUGUUCCUCUUACUGUUAACAGUACCACAGAAGUACCAUUAGAAUGUGGAAACCGUUAACCACUCCUUACUACUAUGGAAGUCAGAAAAGAAAGACAAAGGAGAUAAAGGAGAGAACAAAGUUAAGCAGAUUCUCAUUUCCCCCCUAAAAUGCUUUAAACCCUAAAGACAUAGAGAAGAAUGCUGCCACAGUCUCAUGUCAAGCUAUGACAGAAAGGAUAUGUUUGUUGUCUUUUCAGUCACAAAAGAAAACGUGUACCAGUGCUUAUUCAGAAAACAAACCCCAAAAAAUCUUGCAGGUGAACAUACAGGUUCCAGGAAAACUAGGAAAGCUAUAUGGUAUUUAUGCCUCCACAAAUUAAUGUACAGAAGUCUUUUUUCUUUUAGGUCAAUUAUUGCUGUAUUUCUAAUGGACAUUACUCUUGUAUUAAGUCUAAGUUACCUCUUUAAGUAUUGAGGACAAUACAUAUUGAUAAGAAUAUUUUUUGGUUUGUAACACCUAAAUGAAGUAACAUCUAAAUGAAGUCCUGUUGCAGAGCAACAGUAUGAACCGUAACAUAACAGUGUGAAUUAGUAUUUUAACUUGAUUUUAGGGGAAAAAAUUAUCUGCAGAGAAAACAUUUUAAGUAACCAAAAAGUAAUAAAAACCGUUCAGAAGCA